ACGUUCCUAGGUUUUUCAGAGCUCCAUCCAAGCUUCCGAGUCUAUACGACUACAAUUUCACUCUCGUCUGUGUUUACCAAGUUCCACGGCGUUUUUCCGUCCGAAUCUACGCUCUACACUGAAUACCCGGCGACAUCUCCGUCCUGGGAACUGGGAAUGAUAGAACUGAAUGUAGACAUAAGUGUUUGCAUUUUGCACGAAGUGACUGCUCUCGCACUAGUUGUUUUCUCACCGGUGAUACCCGGAGCACUUUACCAUUGUUCCGAUCAAUAG